UCCAGCCAGCCUGAGAAACCCUCCUCUUCCUCCUCCCCCUCUUGGAUCGCACAGCAUCCACUUUCUCUUGAUACUACUCACUCUCUCUUACCAUCUUCUCUUGUCUUGCAGUCUCUUCUCUUCUCCUCCCUCUCUCCCUCUCUUUCUGUCCUCCACUUCAGCAGCUUGCAGGCUCACCGCUGUCCAUCCAACCGCUUGAGGACUCAGGACUAAGUCUGUCAUUUGGAGCCAAAAUGGCGAACAGCAUCCUUAACGCCGAUGACAUCAAGAAAGCACUAGAUGCAUUCGCAGUGGCUGACUCUUUCGACCAUAAGAAGUUUUUCGAGAUGAUUGGCCUGAAGAACAAGUCUUCUGAGGAUGUGAAGAAGGUCUUCACGGUGAUGGACGCUGACAACAGUGGCUAUAUAGAGGAGGAGGAACUCAAGUUUGUCCUGAAGGGGUUUGCCAAAGACGGCAGGGACCUGACAGAUAAGGAAACCAAAACAUUUUUACACGCAGCCGACAAGGACGGGGACGGCAAGAUUGGAGUUGACGAGUUCACCGCCCUUGUGAGGGAGUAGACCGAAGACCGACUCGAAGACCACCUCCCGAUCAUCCCUGCAUCCUGAAACCCGCUGCCCCCAGCCUCCACACGCACACACACACACUGCACAGCACACCUCCAAACACACACAUACACAUAAAUACACAUACAAUACGCAAACACAAACACUUAAAAACGCCCCCCAGUCAUACACUCAUCCCAUGUUAUCCUUUUUAUACAAACUGUUCUUGUUUCCGCUUAUGUAUAGAGAUAAAAACAUGCCUGCAGGAAUAGACCUUGCCUUUUAAAGCAAAGUAGAUACGUGAAGCGAUUAUAAGAGAGAUAACCUAAUUUCCCUCUGUGCUUCAUCCCCUUAUUUAUCCUUGGUUAGCUUUUGAGUUUCCUAUCAUCACUCUACUCAUCUCUCCAUCCUCCCACCCAGUAAUGAUGUAUUACUGUCAUGACAUAAGAAGAAAGCGGUCAAGCUGUGAAUACAAAUAAAUAAAAUGAAGAUAAGAAAAGCCUCCACUCACAGUGACUCUUCUGUUUGCUCGCUUCAUGGAUGUUAUACUUUGUGCUUUGCUUUUUGCAUCUUCCCCGAGCCGACUGCAAAACAUCUUGACAGCAAGCUCAUAAAGCAUAAAGCCGCGCACUUUGAAGAGCUUGAGAAGGGCAUCGCAUAAAAACAAACCCAUAUUAUCAUCAUCAAAAUGUACCAGAGGUGCUGUGCUAAUUUAACAGAACCGUACUCUGAAGCCAUUAGCACAAUUGGAUUCACACUGAGGUCCAAUUUGGGUUAAGUAUCCCCAGCGGAGGACCCAAGCAGGCAAUGCAGGAUCUUCUUUUGUAGGCCAAUUUACUGCCUGAGCAAAUAAACCCAGAGUCCAAUCACAGACGAGCAGCAUAAAAAACAUGUUGAUUCACAAUACUGUGUAUCAAUGGACAACAAAAUUAUGAAACACAUUCAUGAUAAAAUUACCCUUCAAUGAACACCAUUUCACGUAUGUCCUGACUAAUUUAUUAUUGGUGAUCAAUUCCAUGGUAUGUACAGCAAUGAUGUC